AUUCCUUCUCCCUUAAAAUGAAGUCGUCAUCCAAACCGAUAGACUUUCACCAGCAUGUAAAUUUACAUGUAAAAACUUUAAAGUUAAAUGGAUUAUGGUUCUACAUACCAUACCCUAAGACAUCAAUCUGGUUUUGGCUGCAUAUUUUAAAUCGGGUGUUGUAUGCCAUCUUCGUUUUUAUUAUACCACCAAUAGGUCAGAUGGCUUAUGUCGUGAAAUUAUUGGGUGCGGAAAAUCGUGAGAUUCAGCUUAUCGCUUCCAGCCUCAACCUGGUCUUAACCGAGCUUUACGUUUCCGUGAAGCUGUUCGACAUGUUCUGCCACCGAGACUUGCUUAUCAACUUGUUUGACCAGCUCAACAACGUCGAUUUCCAUCGGUCUACCCACCCUGGUACCCACAGGGAGGUUCUGAAUCGCGCUAUCAAGAUAUCGAAGAAUCUGUAUUGGUUGCUCCUAAUGGGCUCGGCCACGGAUGUAUUUAUUCACGUAGUGGUGGUGCCAAGUUUGAACAGAUUCCAAACUUUGCCGGUGAUGAUGGACUUAAUUUUUGUGGACGCUAAUGAGCCACCAUAUUUGUACUACGCUUGUUUUUACCAGAUAGUGUACAAACCACCCCUUGUAAUAUUAAUGAUUGUCGUACAAACAUUACCGUGGUCUCUUUUAUUAUUUGUCAUUGCCCAAUUGGAUGUUCUAAUUGACAACUUCAAGAACAUGGAGACGCUCGUGAAAACUACCAUGGUUGAGGGGAAGUGCGGCAAAGAUGAUGCCUUCAGAGUUCUGUUUAACCGUUUUAUACUACACCACCGCGCUAUUAUAAGGUUUAUAAUCACCGCCGAGAAAGCGUUUGGCGGUCAGUUUGCGUUGACUUUGAUAUUGAGCUCGGUUAUUAUGUGCACCACUGGCGUGCAAUUCCUUUCGAUUGAAUCCCCGUCCAAGGAUAUAGUCGGCGUGUGUUGGAUAAUGGCCUACAUGGCCAUUAUUGCCUUGAUAUUGUUUGGUGACUGCUAUUUUGGGAAUGCCAUUUACGUAAAGAGCACAGAAUUAGCGACGGUCGGCUACAGUAGCCCUUGGCUAGAGAUGCCAGAGGAUCUGAAGAAGAACCUGGUGCUGGUGAUAGCCAGAGCCCAGAAGCCUUUGGCCUUGACCGCCUACAAUCUGGUUACCAUUUCGCUACCCACCUUUGCUACGGUAUUGAAUUGGACGUACAAAGUCUUUGCCGUUAUGAAUGGGAUGAAGUAA